GCUUGGUCACCGCUUUACACUCAUUGCUGUCCAUCCCCUCCGAUGGACUACCAUCUGAAUGCUCAACUUAAGCAAUCCCAAUGCGUUUGAAUCAAGAAGAUGACGCGCUUUCGUCUUGCCAUUCAAUAUGGGACUCGGCCAAUGCUCGGCUGUCGCCAUGCGCCAUGGGGUACUCCUCUAUCGUCCUAGGCGUAAUAGCCUUAAUCAUUGGAUUAAGUCAUGCACUUAGCCGUGUUUCUUUUGUUCAGAGCCCAAAAUGGAUGAGGGCUUUUAUUGCAGAAGAGCCGCCAUGUCCGGAACUGCCAUCAGACAGACCAAGGCAAAGGACCGGGUGGGUGGUAAUCCUGCUUGCUAUCUCCGCAAUUGGGUUAGCAGGUGAACUCGCAAAAGUAGUGCCCCAUGGAUAUAUGCUCAGUAAUGCAGUGUCUCUCAUAUCAUGGGCGGUCGUGGCCGUUCUGAUCUCUACAGAGCGCCCAAGAUCCUGUCCAGUGUCCAUUCUGGCUUUCUUCACUGCGGCAUUCGCAGUGGAAAUGGCCUUCAUAUUAAACCGUGACGCUUAUGCGGUGUCGAGGGUUUAUGCUCAUUACAUGGUAGCUGGUGCUGCAGCUGUAGGGUGUGCCACUAUUCUGUCAAUGCCAUUCCGGGAGCCUUCGCUUCCCCGCGUUGACAUCGGAGUCGUGGGACAACCGUCAUCGAGCAAAUUUCGCAGUCCGGAAGACAAUUUACGUCUCUGGCAAUUUCUUACUGUGUCUUGGAUGGCUCCGAUGAUGACGGCCGGUAAAAAUCGACAAUUAGAUGAUGAUGAUAUUUGGUUCUUAGGUUUCGAGUUUCAACAUCGCAGAUUGCAUGAGAAGUUCCGCCAACUCCGUGGAUCAGUUAUCUCCAAGUUGCUCCAAGCAAAUGGCAUCGAUGUCCUUAUUAUUACCGGAAUCUCUACGGUGCAGAUGCUUUGCGACUUUUCAACCCCUGUUCUCUUACAGCAGCUUCUUCAAGCGAUGAGAGAUCCGAACGCACCGAAGCGUGUCGCCCUAACCUACGCCUUAUUAUCACUAGUGCUUCGUUUGGUCGCGGCGCAGUCCCAGGUGUUGAAUCUCUGGUAUGGUAGACGCUGCUACGAACGAAGCAGAGGUGAGAUGAUUAUGAUGGUGUAUGAGAAAGCAUUGUCAAGAAAGAACAUGUUCGACCAGCAAAUUAAAGAAAAGGGAAGCGCAAAUGACACCGAGCAAGAUGGGACUAGCGACAGUGAAGUGGUGUCGAGUAGUAAGCAGAGAAGACUCUGCGGACUAUUUCCACUGCGACAGACUACUGAAAAAAGGACAGCAAAGACAGCUGCUUCCAUGGGGAAAAUAUUCAAUUUGCUGCGUGGGGAUGUCUAUGAAGUCGCCCAGCGGUUUUGGGAAGUUGACACCCUAGUGGAUAAACCUGUAGGCCUAAUCAUCGCCACAGUGCUCGUCUGGAAGUUGCUUGGGCCCUCGUGCUUUCUGGGAAUCACGGCUAUCUUGAUAGCUCAGGUCCUGAAUGCGUUCAUAACACGUAUGCUCCUUCGGUGGGAAAGAGUGCGCAGACUGGCGACAGAUACUAGACUUCAGAUAUCGUCCCAAUUCGUUGAGGCCCUUCGCCAUCUUCGUUGGUAUGGAUGGCAAAACCACUGGCUUAGCCAGGUUAUGGAUGCUAGGCAGUCGGAGUUGAACAUUCGUAUUAUCACUAGUUUGUUCAAUGUGUUAAUUCGCUUUGUGAACACGUUCGCCAGUGGUCUAUUCCCUGUCGUGGCCUUGUAUGCCUAUACACUACUGGCAGGCCAUCCGUUGCGCAUCGACAUUAUAUUUCCGGCCCUGCAGCUGUUUACUAUGCUGGAGACUCGGCUGAGAGAGAUCCCUAGUCUCAUAACAGUGCUGAUCAAUGCAUCUAUUGCCAUGGAACGUAUAGUGGAUUUUAUGGCUGAACCAGACAAGGAGAAACAAGCUGUUACAGCGCAUUCUGACAGUCCGCUUGUGUUAGAUUCGUGUUAUUUUGCGUGGCCUGGUAGAACAUCGCCUGUGCUAUCUGAUAUCAAUGUGAGGGUUUCCGAAGGCCUGACAGUCGUCUGCGGUAAAGUAGGUGCUGGGAAAACGGCACUGCUUCAGGCUUUACUUGGGGAGUUGGAUAGAUUGAGUGGUAGCUCUGACAUCCCGAAUGAGAUGGUUGGAUAUUGUUCUCAGACGCCUUGGUUACAGAGCAUGAGCAUUCGAGACAAUAUUCUUUUUUCCUCCACUUACGAUGAGCGUCGCUAUAAGCAAGUUUUGGAUGCCUGCGCCCUGCUCCCAGAUCUUACCAACUUCAAACAUGGCGACCUGUCGUUUGUGGGUGAGAAUGGUAUUGGGUUGUCAGGUGGCCAGAAGGCACGAGUGGCCCUUGCAAGGGCAGUAUACAGCACCUCGAGAAUCCUAUUCCUUGACGAUCCUCUCUCUGCCCUGGAUCACAAUACGGCGGAAACUAUAGUCCGCAAAUGCUUCUCAGGCCCGUUGAUGCAAAACCGCGUAGUUGUUCUUGUUACUCAUCGCACCACCUUGGUUCGCCAUAUCGCAGAUCAAUUCGUUCACAUCCAAAAUGGCAGGGCUACCAUAGAGGAUAAGCAAACCAUUCUGUCCUCCCUAGACAUUGAUGAUGCCAACGAAUCCUCCCUAUCUGAAUCAUCAGAUGAAACUCAAGACGAGGCAGACGGCCAGGAUGACAAAGUUGCGGUACCGGACAAGUUUAUCGAAGAGGAGCACCGGGCUGAAUGGGGAGUGAAGGCUAGAGUCUACUGGAACUAUAUCAGAGCUGGAAAGUACAGGUCCUGGGUGAUGCUUGUUAUUGUCAUAUCCAUGUAUCGCUUCGCAGCCGUCGGACAAUCUUGGUUUCUCAAAGAAUGGGGCGAGGCCUAUAAUCGCGACCAAACUUUUGUAUUACUUGGUUUCUCACCAUCCUAUAAGAGGACCUUGUCAGGAGGGCUGGGGGAACAACUAGUCCUGCCACAGGUGCUCAAUUGGAAACCAGACAACCCUUUCAACAAGUUCCCCGCGCCAGUUGAAGAUGUCCGGCCAUGGCUUUGGGCUUUUUUUGCCAUUACAGUAUUUCAGUCUCUUACGGUCCUAAUUUCACAACUGAUGAUGAUUGUCAUAGUUUACAGUGCAGGCAAAACACUCUUCCAGGAAGUCAUGGUGCGAGUCAGCCAUGCCACAUUCCGUUUCUUCGACGUCACCCCUAUUGGGCGCUUGAUGAAUCGGUUAACAUCUGAUAUUGGGGUUGUCGACGGUAACAUUAGCGAACAGUUCCAGCGAAUUGUAUUUCAAGCCAUUGUAUGGGUUUCGUCUCUUCUUGUCAUCGCCUCAGUUACACCAACCUUUCUAGCUUUUUCGUUUGGUCUUACCGCAGCCUUUAUCUUUACUUUCUUGCGGUUCCUUCCCACGUCACAAAGCUUGCGGCGAUUGGAAAUGGUGUCUCUUAGCCCAUUGAUAUCUAACUUCGGCGAGCUCCUGCAUGGCCUAACAACUGUUCGCGCGUUCCACGCGGAAUCCCGCUUCCAGGAUCGAGUGAUCGCAGUUGUGGAUAAAUUUCAGGGCAUGGACCACUUUUACUGGUCACUGCAGAGCUGGCUUAUGUAUCGCUUCGAAGGCCUAUCUGCACUUUCAACGUUCUGCCUCACGGCCCUCGCACUAUACACCAACGUCACACCUGGCCUAGCCGCAUUUGUCCUAAUAGCGGCUAACAACUUUGUAGACUCAACCCACGCAUUGUGCAAGCAAUAUGGCCAACUACAAAUGGAUUUUGUCUCAGUUGAGAGAGUCGACGAGCUACUACACAUUGAACAAGAAGCACCUGGAGACAUAGUUCCCCCAGUAUCGUGGCCGACGUUUCGCUCCGAUAUUGUCUUCGAAGAUGUAACGAUACGUUAUGCUCCUCACUUGGAUCCAUCCCUCAACAAUAUCUCCCUCCGCAUCCCCGGUGGAUCCACAACUGCCGUCAUCGGCAGAACUGGAAGUGGAAAGUCAACGCUUGCAGUCUCGCUUCUCAGCGUGAUCCGCCCAGACUCCGGCCGUAUCCUAGUUGACGGCCUCAACAUCGCACAGGUUAGCACACAAGCGCUCCGGACAAGAGUGACAUUUGUUGCGCAAGACCCUGUACUCUUCCCAGGAAGCGUCCGUCUCAACCUCGAUCCCACAGGUGAGUAUACGGACGAGGAGUGUGCUGACGUCCUGAAACGCAUAUGCGGCAGACACGGCUGGAAUUUAGAGACACAUGUUGAAGCCGGCGGUCGAAACCUCAGCCAGGGCGAGCGGCAACUCAUCGGCCUCACACGGGCAGUCUUGCGUCGAAGCUCAAUUGUCAUACUCGACGAAGCAACAGCGUCCAUCGACCAUGAAAGCUCGCUCGAGAUCCAGCAAGUUCUCAGAGAGGAAAUGCAGCAGUCUACAGUCAUCACAAUUGCACACAGAUUAGAAGCCAUCAAGGACGCAGAUUACUAUAUCGUGUUGGAUCAGGGACGUGUGUCAAAACAAGGGUUUGUAAAGGACAUGUAAGUCUACAAUCAGAUAUCGGUAUCGCAUAGAUUGUAAUAAACCAAGUCUUUUCUCCCA